AUGGUGGACAUUUCUAUGCCAUCGCUGCUGAGGGUGCUGAAGCUGAACUGCGUCAACGUGGAAUGCGGGCCUGCAGUGAGCUGGAGGCUGUCGUGUGAGGAGCAGCUCGAGCAGCUGGGCUUAUAUUCUGAAGGAGAAGGUCGAGAGCUCCCGCUUCCUUCGACUUUCCUCCCUCACUUACGCAACUUGAUGAGUGAGCAGCUGGAGAUGCUGAAGCGGCUGGAGAAACUCGAGCAGCAGAAGCACAUGGCGCAGCUGGAGCAGCUGGAGCAGCUGGAAAUGCACUUAGAAGUCCGCAGCCUCCCAGGAAACAUGGGAACGGUGUUGCCGCAGCUGCGGCAGCUGGAGCUGCUUUCUUGGUCACCGGAGGAGCUGCCAGAAAGCAUUUGGGGGCUCAGCUCGCUGACGUCACUCAAGCUUCACGCACCUCAGCUGGUGGCGCUACCUCGAGGCAUGAGCCGCUUGUCUCGGCUGUGCAAACUGGAGCUGAUUCGCUGCACCGCCUUGCAGCACCUCCCGGACUUUCUCACCCAGCUGCACCGGCUGACACUGCGCAACACCUCCAUCCCCUCCCUUCCUGCGAAUUUCGUGCAGCUGAUUGUAGAGGGGCUUGAAGAUGAUUGA